GGGUAUCUGGCUACUAGGGCAGGAUCGCGGCGGGGCAGACAGCAGCUCGCGAAUUGGAUGAAGUAAUUGAUCACUAAUGAACUACAGAGCCGGUGAGAUGUGCAAGAGAUUAUAAAGAGCUCUGAUGGGCUAUUUGGGUGUUACCCAGUGCAGUGAACUGCAGGAUUUUUGUCCCUGAGUCAUGGAAGACAGAAGAGCUGAAAGGUCAUGUGAACAAGCGUGCGCGUCAUUGCAGAGGCAGGACUAUGACAUGGCCCUCCAGCACUGCACAGACGCCCUGCUCUCUCUUGGCCAGUACUCCAUGGCAGAGUUCACAGGACCGUGCCCAGUGGAGAUUGAGCGCAUCAAAAUCGAGAGUCUUCUUUACAGAAUUGCCUCAUUCUUGCAAUUGAAAAACUACGGGCAAGCUGAUGAAGAUUGUAGGCAUGUGCUGGGGGAAGGAAUGGCCAAGGGAGAGCGUGCCUUCCGGGCAGUGCUGUGCUGCAUGCAGCUGAAAGGGAAGCUCCAGCUUGUGUCCUCCAUCCUUGCCAAGUCACUGUCAGGGGAGUCUCUGAAUGGGAUGGUAACGAAAGAUUUGACAAGACUCAAGACACUUCUCACAGAAACAGAGACAGCAACGAGUAAUGUCCUGUCUGGAUGUCACGUGGAAGACUUAGAUGAAGGGUCUUGUAAUGGUUGGCAUUUCCGCCCACCGCCCAGGGGGGUCACCAGCAGCGAGGAGUACACCUUGUGUAAAAGGUUUUUAGAGCAAGGGAUCUGUAGGUACGGUGCCCAGUGUACUUCAGCACAUUCCCAGGAAGAACUAGCAGAAUGGCAGAAAAGAUACGCCUCCCGACUGAUCAAACUGAAGCAGCAAAGUGAGAAUAAACAGCUCUCAGGCAGCUACAUGGAGACCUUGAUAGAGAAGUGGAUGAGCUCACUGUCUCCUGAGAAAGUGCUUAGCGAAUGCAUAGAGGGAGUUCAAGUGGAGCACAGCCCUGACCUGUCGGUCACCGUCAACACCAAAAAAUCCCAUCAGACGUGGACCUUUGCUCUGACCUGUAAGCCUGCAAGAAUGCUGUAUCGGGUAGCCUUGCUUUAUGACGCUCAUCGUCCUCAUUUCAGUAUCAUUGCCAUAUCUGCCGGAGAUAGUACUACCCAGGUAUCACAAGAAGUCCCCGAGAACUGUCAAGAAUGGAUAGGAGGAAAGAUGGCCCAAAAUGGAUUAGAUCAUUAUGUGUAUAAAGUCGGGAUAGCAUUUAACACAGAAAUAUUUGGAACUUUUCGCCAAACCAUAGUUUUCGACUUUGGAUUGGAGCCAGUACUCAUGCAAAGAGUAAUGAUUGAUGCAGCUUCUACAGAAGAUCUUGAAUACCUGAUGCAUGCAAAGCGGCAGCUGGUAACCACAGCCAAGCGCUGGGACUCUUCUUCUAAGACUAUUGUAGAUUUUGAACCUAAUGAAACUACUGAUUUGGAGAAGAGCCUUUUGAUCAGAUACCAAAUUCCUCUUUCCGCUGACCAGCUGUUUACACAGUCCGUUUUAGACAAAUCGUUGACCAAGACUAACUAUCAGUCACGGCUGCACGACCUGCUUUAUAUUGAGGAGAUAGCCCAGUAUAAAGAAGUCAGCAGGUUCAACCUUAAAGUGCAAUUGCAGAUUUUAGCAAGCUUCAUGCUCACUGGAGUUUCUGGGGGUGCAAAGUAUGCUCAGAAUGGACAACUUUUUGGUCGUUUCAAGCUUACUGAAACCCUGUCUGAAGAUACUUUGGCUGGACGGCUGGUGAUGACCAGGGUCAACGCUGUUUAUUUAUUACCAGUCCCUAAAGAGAAGCUUGUCCAGUCCCAGGGAACCAAAGAGAAGGUCUAUGAAGCUACUAUUGAAGAAAAAACAAAAGACUAUGUAUUUUUAAGGAUAUCCAGGGAAUGCUGUGAAGAGCUUAGUCUGCGGCCUGACUGUGACAUCCAGGUUGAGCUUCAGUUUCAGUUGAACCGAUUACCCCUCUGUGAAAUGCAUUAUGCACUAGACAGGAUUAAGGACAAUGCUGUUUUGUUUCCAGACAUCAGUAUGACUCCUACCAUACCUUGGAGUCCCAACAGACAGUGGGACGAGCAGUUGGAUCCUCGACUAAAUGCAAAACAGAAAGAAGCUGUUCUGGCCAUCACCACUCCACUCUCCAUCCAGCUGCCUCCUGUCCUCAUCAUCGGACCCUACGGGACAGGCAAGACCUUCACUCUGGCUCAGGCCGCCAAGCACAUACUGCAGCAGCAGGAGACCAGCAGGAUUCUCAUUUGCACCCAUUCUAAUAGUGCUGCUGACCUCUACAUAAAGGAUUAUUUACAUCCAUAUGUAGAAGCAGGCAAUCCCCAGGCAAGACCUCUCAGGGUGUAUUUCCGGAAUCGCUGGGUGAAGACUGUCCACCCAGUCGUGCAUCAGUACUGUUUGAUUUCAAGCACACACUCCACCUUUCAGAUGCCCCAGAAGGAAGAUAUUCUUAAACAUCGAGUGGUGGUGGUCACCCUGAACACUUCCCAGUACCUCUGCCAGCUGGACCUGGAACCUGGCUUCUUCACGCACGUUCUGUUAGAUGAAGCUGCUCAGGCCAUGGAGUGUGAGACCAUUAUGCCUCUAGCCUUAGCUACUAAGAACACACGGAUUGUUUUGGCUGGUGAUCACAUGCAGCUCAGUCCUUUUGUUUACAGUGAGUUUGCCAGGGAGAGAAACCUUCAUGUUUCGUUACUUGACCGACUCUACGAGCAUUACCCUGCCGAGUUUCCAUGCAGGAUCCUCCUCUGUGAGAACUAUCGUUCCCAUGAAGCUAUCAUCAACUACACCUCUGAGCUUUUCUAUGAGGGGAAGCUGAUGGCCAGUGGGAAGCAGCCAGCGCACAAGGACUUCUAUCCACUCACGUUCUUUACGGCGCGGGGGGAGGACGUCCAAGAGAAGAACAGCACGGCAUUCUACAACAAUGCAGAGGUAUUUGAAGUGGUGGAGCGUGUAGAAGAGCUAAGACGGAAGUGGCCAGUGGCAUGGGGAAAGUUAGAUGACGGCAGCAUCGGUGUGGUGACGCCAUACGCUGACCAGGUGUUUAGAAUACGAGCUGAGCUUCGGAAGAAGAGGCUCUCGGAUGUGAACGUGGAAAGGGUGCUCAAUGUUCAAGGAAAGCAGUUCAGAGUUCUGUUUCUUAGCACAGUGCGUACACGCCACACUUGCAAGCACAAGCAGACACCAAUUAAAAAGAAAGAGCAGCUUCUGGAAGACUCCUCCGAGGACUUAGACUAUGGCUUUCUGUCCAACUACAAACUUCUCAAUACGGCCAUCACCAGAGCACAGUCCUUGGUUGCUGUGGUGGGCGACCCAGUUGCUCUGUGCUCUAUUGGAAGGUGCAGAAAGUUUUGGGAGCGGUUUAUUGCCCUGUGUCAUGAAAACCACAGCUUGCACGGGAUCACGUUCGAACAGAUCAAGGCACAGUUAGAGGCUUUAGAACUCAAGAAGACUUACGUGUUGAAUCCGCUGGCUCCUGAGUUCAUCCCCCGGGCUUUACGACUGCAGCAUUCAGGAAACAGUAGCCGACAGCAGCACUCACCACCCAAGGUGAAAAGCCUCCAUCAUCCCCAGAGUGAUCAUUUCCAGAAUGAUGGAAUUGUUCAGCCCAAUCCUUCCGUCCUUAUUGGCAAUCCUAUUAGAGCAUAUACUCCUCCGCCCCCUCUUGGACCACACCCAAACUUGGGGAAAUCUCCAAGCCCCGUUCAAAGAAUAGAUCCUCACACUGGGACAAGUAUUCUUUACGUACCUGCUGUCUACGGAGGGAAUGUAGUUAUGUCGGUGCCUUUACCUGUGCCAUGGACAGGGUACCAGGGUAGGUUUGCAGUUGACCCUCGUAUUAUUACACACCAGGCAGCAAUGGCCUACAAUAUGAACCUAUUACACACACAUGGACGUGGGUCGCCGAUCCCUUAUGGUCUUGGACAUCACCCACCUGUCAGCCUAGGCCAGCCACAGAAUCAGCACACAGAGAAGGAUCAGCAGGAGCAAAACCGAAAUGGUAAAACUGAUACAAAUAACCCUGGACCUGAAAUUAAUAAGAUCCGAACACCAGAGAAGAAACCUACAGAGCCCAAACAGGUUGAUUUGGAAUCAAAUCCACAGAACAGAAGUCCUGAAUCCCGUCCUGGGAUUUAUUCCAACACUAAAUUUCCUCGAAAAGAUAAUCUCAACCCAAGACAUAUAAACCUUCCUCUUCCUGCGCCACACGCCCAGUAUGCAAUCCCUAGCCGCCAUUUCCACCCGCUGCCUCAGCCGCCCAGGCCGCCUUUUCCCAUUUCCCAGCCGCACACCUUGUUAAAUCAGCAACAGAAUAAUUUGCCUGAACAACCAAAUCAGAUGGUACCUCAGCCAAAUCAGGUGGCACCCCAGCCAAAUCAGGUGGCACCCCAGCCAAAUCAGGUGGUCCCGCAGCAGAGCCAGGCACCUCCACAGGCCCCACAGCCAGCACCUCAGCUCUCUCCUGCAUUUCAGGCGGGGCCCACCAAUGCAUUUUUCAAUAAUGCAGUUGCUCACCGACCACAGUCUCCUGCUGCAGAGGCUGUGGGUCCUGAGCAGCAGCCGCCUCCUGGGCUGCCCGACGGCCACAGUCCACUGAGAGCCAUCACACAGCCUGGCCCCAUCCUGGCAUCACCUUUGAACAACUUUGUUGAUGAGAGCUCUCCAGGAUUGCCUAUAGAGGAAGCUUUGGAUCGAGUGCAUGGAAGUGUAGCUCUGGAGACGCUGAGGCAGCAGCAGGCGCGACUGCAGCAGUGGAGUGAGCACCACGCCUACCUGAGCCAGGGCGGUAUCCCGUAUUCACACCAUCACCACCCUCACCUCCCGCAUCUUCCCCAGACACCCAUUGGCCUCCACCAGCCACCAGUGAGGGCAGAGUGGAAAGUCGCCGGCAGGGUUGACGAUGAAACAGAGACAACAUUCUCAAGGUUUCAAGACUUACUCAGAGAGCUGUCCCAUCGGGAUCAAGGUGACACUGGAGAACUAGCUGAAAUGCCACCACCUCAGUCAAGACUCCUACAGUACAGACAAGUUCAGCCUAGAAGCCCACCAGCGGUCCCGACUCCCCCUUCCUCCACAGACCACAGUAGCCACUUUGCUAACUUUAAUGACAGCAGCAGAGACAUCGAAGUAGCCAACAGCCCAGCAUUCCCGCAGCGCCUCCCACCUCAGCUAUUCGGUUCCCCUUUCUCGUUGCCAUCUGAACACCUUGCCCCUCCUCCUCUGAAAUACCUGGCUCCGGAAGGAGCAUGGAAUUUUGCUAACUUGCAGCAGAAUCACUUAAUAGGGCCGGGCUUUCCCUAUGGCCUACCUCCAUUGCCCCCCAGGCCACCGCAGAACCCUUUUAUACGCAUCCAGAACCAUCAACAUGCUGUUGGUCAAGAGCCAUUUCACCCACUGUCAUCUCGCACAGUGUCUGCUUCUUCGCUCCCCAGCCUAGAAGAGUAUGAGCCUAGAGGACCUGGUCGGCCCUUGUACCAAAGAAGAAUCUCAUCUAGCUCAGCCCAGCCUUGUGUAGAAGAGGCAAGCACUCCCCAAGACAGCCUGGUUCAGGGCAAAGAGUCGCAGGGCCACAGCAACCCACCUGCCUUCAGCUUCCCGGCCCCCGAGUCCUGGGCCAACACCACCUCAUCUGCCCCCUACCAGAACAUUCCGUGCAAUGGAUCCAGCAGGGCGAGUCAGCCCAGAGAGUUGAUAGCUCCCCCCAAGACUGUCAAACCCCCUGACGAUCAGCUGAAGCCCGAGAGCGGGGAGGUGUCCAGUUCCUUCAACUACUCGAUGCUGCAGCACCUCGGCCAGUUCCCACCCCUCAUGCCCAACAAGCAGAUCGCUGAGUCCGCCAACAGCAGCAGCCAGCAGAGCCCGGCAGGGAGCAAGCCCGCCAUGUCCUACGCCAGUGCGCUGCGGGCCCCGCCCAAGCCCAGGCCGCCGCCCGAGCAGGCCAAGAAGGGCAGCGACCCGCUGUCCCUGUUCCAGGAGCUCAGUCUGGGCAGCAGCCCGGGCAGCAAUGGCUUCUACUCCUACUUCAAGUGACCCCGCUCUCGCUGUCCUCAGAGAAUAUGCAGUUCCUGUUCAAUCUGCAGGAUUGAGGUGGCGGCUCUGUGUGCGUGCAGCCCUCCAUUACAUUCACUGCGCUCUCAGCCCCCUUGCUGCUAGACCUGCGCCUACGUUUAAAAGUAUAUUCCAUUAUUUUGCAUUUUUGAUGUGAGUCAGAAUUUUGACAGCUUUUAUGUAGAAUAAAAAUAUUUUUAAAUUUGUGUAUUGUUACAUGUUUGCAUCAAGCUAGCAGCUAAGAGGUAACUGUGCAACUAUUAAAAAAAAGAAAAAAAAGUUUGUCUAAAAUGUAUUUAAAAAGAAAAAAAAUUGUUAAGUAGCAUUUACAUUUAUUCAAUAAUAUUACCACAUGCUGGAUUUCUGUACCAGAAAUGGCCAGUUGAUGUACAAAUGUAUGUUAUUUUUGCUUAAAUUCAGUUAAAAAAAAAUUAAAAAAAACAAAGGGGCGGCAUAUUCUCCCCCCACCCCCUUGUGAUCACAGGAUGCUGCGUUCUAAAACUUUGAGAGUUUUAGACUAUCUGUGACAUGCUGUUCUCUCCAUCAGCAUAGGGUAGAGGCCAAGGCCGCCUUUGCCCGAGUAUUCUGCAUGCCACUGGGUUUUGAAAUGUGAAAAAGAAAAAAGGAAAAAAAAAAAAAGGCAAACCCUGGUGGCGUAGUCAGUUUUCUUUGUUUUGUUUUUGACAAGCAGGACUUCCAGCUUGUCUUCAACAUUGAGGUGAGAUGGUUUUGUUUUGUUUUAAACAAAUGAGGAAGCUGAACCAUUUUUAGGAUUGUUGGUGCUUAGUAGACUUGAUAACUAUUUUAAAACUGCGUGAAUUUAGUGAAAAAUCUUUUCUCUCACUCUGCAUGUGUAUGUGUUUGUAGCCUGGCUCCCUCCUCCAGGGCAGAAAGACCUGUGCCGACUAAAGGUUUGGGUUUCUUUUCCUCCAGUAAAAAUUUUGGUACCUUAUUUGAUGUUUACAUUAAGAUAUGACAUUACACAUAGCAAUUCUAAGAUCUUUCCAAUUGUUUGUUUGAGGGAUAUCAUUAAAGAAAAAAAACAUUGUCAAAAAUUGAUGAAAAUCUAGGGUAUGUUUCAGAUCCUUUGAAUCAUCUGAAAUUUCCCCUUGAACUCAUUAGAAAUAUGAAAUGUAAGCAACUGUCAGCAGAGGUCCACAGCCUGCCCGUUGUCCUGAAUGAACGUUGAAGGAAGAGGCUGUCCUCGUGAAUGUCCUUUGUCAUUUCCUGAUCCCGUAGCUCUAAUUUUGUAUUUCUGAGAAAUCUUGAGACUACAAUCUUACCAUUUUUUUUUUUUUUCCUUUUUCCUGCCGAUCACUCAAGCAUAGUUUUCUGGAAGACUUUUGAUAGAACAUUUUAAGAUGGGUUGGAUGUGGCAAGGGGCCAGCAGAAUUAGUCUGUGUGACUAGAGGUUAGUCUACGGCAGCCAGCCACAGCCCCCUCCCUGUGUGGGUUACCCGGGGUGCGAUUAAAGGCUGUAUUGGUUAAGGGGUAGCAAACUCUGGGACUGAUGAUAGAACCUCUCAGGUUCAGUACUGCCUCUGCGCUCAGGGCCGAGCUCCCGGAACUUGGCUUCCUGCCUCGGGCUACAUGCCUGUUCUGAGCUGCCAGGUGUGGACCCAUAGACUAAAGAGGUGUUCAAAGAUAGUACAGAUCCCAGCAGGCACGGGGAUCCAGUGAGUCAGGACACCGCACUCUGCGUAGCAUGACAUUGUUACAUGCUGGCGUGAUGACGUCAUUACAUGCUGGAGUGACUCGGGCAGAAUGAGACAACUUUUGCUACAGGUGUCUGUUUUUUUAACUCUGUGCCCAAGUAGGACUCACCCAUGAUAGGGCUGUCUGUGUCCCAUCGGUGAUCGCUCCCACACCCAUGCAUGUAGACACACAGGACAGCAGUACAUGCCGGGCAAGAGUUCAGAGCCAUCUUGCUAAUUCGGACAGAAUUAUACUGUCAGUUUUCGGGUCACCUCUCGCCAGGAGAUCAUUGCCUACUUUUUUGUUUUUCAUACUUGAACCUAUAAAAAAAUAUUAUCAGUUUUUAAAAAUUAUUUAUAUUUAGUUAAAGUCACGUGUGUACCCUAUCAUCUUAUAUAAGACACUGAUGGUGGGACCCUCAGGAUGGGGAACCCCUCAGGUUGCAGUGACAUUCUCAACGUGGUUAUGUCUAAGAAAUGACACUAGCUACUUACUUGACUGCUCUGUUGCGAGUGUCGGUGCGUUCCCAUCUCUUUCCUGCUUCUGCAGCUAGUUGAGGGUUUCCUUCCGUCGCUUCACGUUCUGCUUAGAGUACUUAUUUUAGCCCAGUGCCCUCCUUGCCUUGUCUUCCCGUCCAGGCUCCAAGGAGCCUGUUAUGUAUGCCCAGCAUCUCGUAACAGUCAACAGCAGACCUUACCGGAAGAGCCACUGCGAGCUCUAGCUUGGGGCUCUUUGCAGUUACCCCGGUAGCAUUAGCAGGAUCUUCCUCCCGGAAAUAGCUUGCUUCUUUCAUUCAACUUUAGAGUUCAGAUGGAACAUGUGUACAUAUGUGUUUGUUUACAUACAUAAGCACACAUUUAUUAUUUUUUUAAAGAAAACUUGAUAGGUCUGCCAUGCCCUUCUCCUGAGGUUACUUUAUGAUUUCUUCUCAUUUCUUCAUUCUUUUCUGUCAGAGGCAUUUUCUUGUCCUUACCAGUACUGCUUUUAGCCAUUGCAGCACAACUCGAGGUGUUUCUUUCUUCCCUUUUUCUCUCCUCAUCUUUCCUUCAUCUUUCUCUUCCAGUUCUUUUAGGUGAUAAUUCAGAGUAUUCAUGCUGUUUGUCUCCCCCCCCCUCCCCUUCUCACUUGAUCUAAAAAAUAAAUUCCUGAUGAGAAUUGACAAACCUCAUUCACUGUAUCAUGGGUAUUUUCUGGUGUGUUUUUCAAAGAAGUCCAUUCUGGCCCUGCCAUUGCUAGUCAUGUUACCUUGUCCUUGACCAGUCAGUAGUUAGUUAUCGAUCAUGGAGACUAAGGAGCUGGGUCUUCCUGUCGUCACACAGACAUGCUUGCUGUCCUGGUCAUCUUGUGGGAGGAGAACAAAAUUGUCUGCUGUGGGUUAUUUUUCUUUUGUCUCGUUCUAAUCAAGAUUCUAGGAUGAGUUCAGGCUUGAUGUAAGCAUCAACUGGUCCUUUCUGUUGAGAGAGCUUCAGGGUAAGGAAUGUAAGCAGAAGUCUCAUGGGAUACUUACUAAACCAAUUAAACAUGGCAGUCUCUGGGGCCUAUUUACUGAAGAGGUUUUCCUCUUCCUGAAGGCCUUGACGUCCUGAGGAAACUGUCUUUAAUCGUGAGCUCAUAUGCUUUGUUAUGUUGCUGUAGUGUAGUUGAUGGUUCCAAGUUUGGUAUGUUUCAUUUUGAGAGCAAAGCUGAAAACAUAAAAGAAUGUAUCUCUCUAGCCGCCGUGACUACGAGUCAGGGUGUCGAGAACAAUGUUAGGCUAAAUCUAAACAUUCCCACGAGUGUCAUGGGAAAAGUUAGAUUUCCUGAGCUAGGUGAUUUUUUUUUUUUUUUUAAAGGAGAUGCUCAUGAGCGAAAGAAUCAUUGCAUAGUGGAGAGUUUUAUUAAUAGAAAAAUUAUACAAAAACAUAAGUUUAAAACUUCCCAUAUAGUAAAACAUACACAUUACUGCUUUAGAAUAUUACCUAGGCUGUCCAUCCCUCCCCACCCACCUCUCCACCUCCUCACAGUUAAA